AUGGGUGGGAGCAUCCGCGAGGAGAUGGAGGUGGUGCUCCACGAGCACCGAUAUCUAGUAACCAAGCUACUUGAGUCACUCUACACAGCCUCUUUGCCUCCGUCCACGACGAUUACAGCCACGAGACUACGUACAGUGAAUGAGAUAUUUAACAAAGUGCUAGAAAAAGAUCGCGAUUUACUUGUGACUGUGAAAAAAUUGGCAAGACACCAAGUGACACAGAAAGAAUUACUUCGCAUUGAGGCUGAGAUUAAGGGAAAGGAACAGAAGGUGAUUCAGUAUGCAGCACAGCUACGUCAGUCUCAAGAAAAUAUUGCGAAUGUAUUGAAAAAGCAUCAAGUUGUGUUGCAAAACGCGAAGCGUCAAGUUCAAGUCAAAUUGGACCCGCGCAAUGUUAUUGCGUAUGCACACCGUAUUGCAGGCACAACGUCCGCGCCAAAAGAAUGGCAACCUGGUUUUCCAAUGUUUGGAUUUAUGCCACCAGCACCACAAGAACACAUGAUGCGUGCGGGCGUGCUUAGUCGAGGUAUCGUAGCGGAGAUUGUGACGCAAGGGCCUGAGAAGUAUACAUCAAGUACUGCGAGAGUUAAGCAAGAAGGAGAGAAGGAAACUAUUGAAAAGCUCGAAAUUCCUAUUGGAUUAGGUGCAAGUGAUGCACAAAUCCGAAAACAAAUGCCACCGGGAUGGAGACCUGGAGAUCCCGUGGAUUUACCCCUCGAUGCUUUGCUCCAUUACAUGGGUCGUCCUUUUUUCAUUGAACAUGGAAUAACAUUGCCAGAGUCGUGGAAAACGGGAGAUCCACUUCCGUCGGAUGCCAUGGAGAUUCUACGCAAGAAAUUUAAGCUACCUGAAAAACGUGUACCACUAUAUGACGAUGAAAUCGUGGAUGACGUCGACACAUUGCGCAAGAAACGCAAAGUGGAAGAGCGCGAUACUGGCUCGGCCGAAAGUGAGAGUUCAAGUGAAUCGGGCGAUAGUGAAGACGAUGCCCCAAAUACCAUUUCACUCAGUCUGUCAUCGUCGGAAGAUAGUGACGAGGACAGUGAUUGA